CGUUGGAGCGGUGAGCAUCAGACAUCUCUGAGGAUGAUGAAAUUGCCCUCGACCCUGCACGUUGAUCAGCUCCUGGGGAUCCGCACGAUCGUCGCCUGUCAGUCGCCUGACCUACCCGUCGCCCUGCAGAGCGCCCACCAUCCGUCCGGGCCGUUGCUGGACCCCUUGCUUCUGCAAUGAGCCACCCAGGCUCGCACUGCGAUGUGGAGGAUUGGCCGAUCGCGCUGUCCGGGCGCGCCAGCACCAUCUCCUCGUCGACCAGCUCCUCCAGCGCCAUCGGCUAUAGCACCUCCCCGACCCUCCCUCCAGCCCUCAGCCGCACGGCCUCCUCGAUCGGAUCCCAGUCGAGGCAGGCGUCGUGCUUUUCCCUGUACGACGACGUGUGCCGCCUCCCGCUGAACGACUCCGUGACCAUCGCCUUUGUCCGAAGCGGCAAGCUCUUCAAGUUACGUUACACCUACAUCGACAUCCGCAAGGAUGCUUCGGGAAGCCUCAAGUGCUUCGAGCUAGGCGGGGGGGUUGGCCAGCAGACCCCUCUAAUCCAUACCUUCAACGGCACGAAGCUCCCUGUUCCUCAUCUCGAACACCCGAAACUACCCAACGAGCCCUCGCUUCGCAUUUCCUUCAUGGACGAGCAAACCGUGCAAUCGGCACAGACGGUGUUCACCACACAGAUAUCCUAUACCUUUGAUGAGUGGAAGGAUUGCGUGCAAUUCCAGGAGUUGAUACUGCGGUCGAAAUUGGUCUUCAUUGCGGGGAUAGCGGAGGCCAAAUCCAAGGGGCGAGGGGAAGAGUGCAUGAGCCAGAACCUGCGCGUGCUACGUGGGCAUAACGGGAAAGAGGUGCUGCUAUUCUUCGCCAACUCGCAGCGGAAGGACCUGAAGCGCUACGUGCAUAUACCGGUCAACUGCAUUGACAGCUUCAAGCCCGGCAAGAAGGCCGGAAAGCCAGUCGUUCUACAGCUGCAGCCCAACUUCGAUCUUCUGACGCAGAUGAGAACCUUGAACAUUCUCUUUCUGGACGACUUGGACCGGCAAGCGUUCUGCGAGUUCUUGGCCGAGCGCAUCAAAUAAGACGACCGUGAUUGCUAGAAUUUUCACGGCACGUGGGUAGGCAAUCGUCACCCCAUUAGCACCGGGCUUUCACAAGCUA